CCUCAAAACCAAAAAAAGGAAAGCAAACAAUAACUCACAAUCUGCCAGUGGCUCAAAUAAGAAAUAGCAAGUUAAAAUCAUUAUCCCUUUUCUGGAAACGACACCGAGCUGCCUUACAGCUAGCUAUCAAUAAUUGUCUUUCAUCUAACACUUCAAGGACGGUCACUUAAUGCGGAGUUUGUAUAAUUCAAUUUUUUUUUUUUUUUAAAGAGAGAGGGAAAAAAAAAAAAUCAAGAUCGAGUUGCAGCAAUCAUAAUAAUUAGAUCUAUUGCUGCAUUUUUAUGCUGGUGACUCUUCUGAUUUCUUAGAACCAAAUUAACUCCUCAUCGAUCAAGAGGCCAGGAGGUUAUGACUUCUUAUAAUGGCAGAGACUGCAGUAGGCUUUGUUAUUGACUACCUCACCCCACUGUUGACACAAGAAGCAAGCUUGCUGAGAAACGUCCACUCUGAAGUUUUGGACAUCAGAGAUGAGCUGCAGAGCAUUAAAUGUUUCCUCAAGGAUGCAGACAUGAAGGCUGAAACCGAAGGUGACUCUGUUAGAGAUGGUGUUAAAGCAUGGGUGAAGCAACUAACCCAAGUUUCGUUUCGCAUAGAAGAUGUGAUUGAUGAAUACAUUUUUCACAUGGCACAGCAUCCUCGCCGCGGAGGCUUCGUUGGCUCCUUUCGCUGCAUCAUCACACUAAAAGCACGUCACCGGAUUGCAUCUCAGGUACAAGGCAUCAAACGAAAAGUUUGUCAAAUCAAAGAAAGGAGUGGAAGGUAUGGCUUUGAUUCAUCCGAUAUUAAUCAGCAGGAUGGAUCUGCAGCAGCUCCAUGGUACGACCCUCGAAAAGGAGCACUUUAUCUUGCGGAAGCUGAAGUUGUGGGUAUUGAUUCUCCAAGGGCUGAAUUAAUUGGUUGGUUGUUAGAUGAAAAACAAACCCACCGGACUGUCAUUUCAGUGGUCGGGAUGGGGGGUUUGGGCAAAACAACACUUGCUAAAAAGGUCUUUGAUUCUGUAAAACAAAAGUUUGAUUGCCAUGCUUGGAUAACAGUGUCUCAGUCAUACAAGAAGGAGGAGCUAUUAAAGAACGUCAUCAAGAAAUUCUAUGAGGGAAACAAAGAAGCCGCUCCUGAAGGAAUCAAUGCAAUGGAUGAGGAGACGCUGACUAACAAAUUGAGAGAGUAUUUGCUGCAAAAGAGGUAUGUUGUGAUUUUCGAUGAUGUUUGGAAAGUAGAUUUCUGGGGGGAUAUAGAACAUGCUUUGCUUGAUAAUAAAAAUGGUGGCAGAGUAGUGAUCACAACACGGAAUAUGGAGGUUGCAAACUUUUGCAGAAUUUCAUCAUUUGUUCAUGUCCAUAGGUUGAAACCUUUGCCUUAUGAAAAAGCAAUGGAACUGUUUUGCAAUAAGGUUUUUAAGUUUGAUUUUGAGGGACGCUGCCCCACCGACUUAGAGGAGCUAUCUCAUAAAAUUGUUGGUAAAUGUAAUGGGCUUCCACUUGCUAUUGUAGCCAUAGCUGGUCUUCUCUCAACUAAAAACAAGACAAUUGAUGAAUGGCAAAAAUUGCACGAUGGCCUUAUUUCAGAGCUUGAAAGCAAUCCUCAUCUUGCAAGCAUAAUAAAAAUCCUGUCUCUUAGUUAUGGUGAUCUGCCUUACCAUCUCAAAUCUUGCUUCUUGUACUUUGGCAUGUAUCCAGAGAACCAUUCCAUUAGAUGCUCAAGGUUAAUUCGACAAUGGAUUGCUGAGGGAUUUGUGAACCAGAAGAAGGAUAAAACAUUAGAAGCAGUUGCGCAUGAGUAUUUGACCGAACUAAUACAUCGAAGUUUGGUUCAAGUGUCUUGGGUAGACUCUAAUGGAAGAGUCAGAACUUGUCGCAUCCAUGAUCUUUUGCGUGAGGUUGUUCUCAAUAAAAUGGAGUCGGGUUUUUGCCAUAUUUUGUCUGGGAAUGGGUCGAAUUUUAGAGAAGAAAUAGCGACUCGUCGUCUAUCAGUUGUCAAUGGUUCAGGCAGUUCUCUUUUUCAUGGUGCUGAUCAAAUUUCUCAAGUUCGUAGUAUUUUAAAUUUCAACAACAAUGAGAUACUACCAGACUACAAUUUUAUUCUAGGUACGCUGGCAAAGAAUUUCAGGCUUCUAAAAUUUUUAGAUUUUGAAGAUGCUCAAAUAGAUUCAAUCCAUGAAGAUAUUGGGGACUUAUUUCAUUUAAGAUAUUUAAGUCUUCGAAACACCAAAGUAAAGAAGCUGCCGAGGUCCAUAGGGAAAUUAAUAAACCUUGAGACUUUGGACCUAAAGCAGUCAUUGGUAUUUGAGAUGCCUGUUGAGAUCAAAAGGCUUAAAAAGUUGCGACAGCUUAUAGCAUACAACCAUGACGACACCAGGCAUUUUUGUAUAGCUAGAAGGAAAGGAAUAAAAGUAGACAAGGGGUUUGGGAGCUUAGAAUCCCUUCAAAAGUUAUGCCAGUUGGACAUGAAUGAGAUGGGAAUUGAGGUAAUUAAAGAGCUAAGAAAGUUGACAGAGUUGAGGAGGUUGAGCAUCUCUAAACUCAGAAGUGAAGAUGGGAGGAUUUUGUGUGGGUGUAUUGAGAAUAUGAACCACCUGGAAUGUUUGGAUGUAAGUGCAACGAGUGAAGAUGAUAUGAUUGAUUUAGAAAGCAUGUCAUCUCCACCUCUAUCUCUCCAACGUCUCUACAUAUAUGGGCGUUUAAGGAAGUUGCCAGAAUGGAUCAAGAAGCUUCAAAAUCUAACAGCAAUAGUGAUCAGUUGGUCAAAAUUAGAAGAUGAUCAACUUGAAACUUUAAAAAAUAUGCCAAACCUGUUGACACUCGCCAUAAAUCACGAUGCAUAUGUUGGUGCUGAAUUGCAGUUUGAGAAGGGGAUGUUUCCAAAACUGAAGUACCUCCACCUCAUGUAUUUGAGUGGACUAAAAAGUGUGGUAAUAGAGGAAGGAUCGCUUGUGAAUCUUCAAAGACUCGACAUUGGACCCAGUCCACAACUGAAGGAGGUCCCCUCCGGCAUCCAGCAUUUGAAAAACCUUCAAUAUCUAUACUUUUUUGAUAUGUCCAUGGAGUUCAAAAAGAGUAUGAAACCGAAAGGAGGACAACACUAUGAGAUCGUUCAACAUGUACCUCAUGUUCGCAUCAGUUAUGAACGUGAUGGAGGAAAAUAUGAAACUUUCCGUUUGUUAUGAUUUUGUCAAAACUGGAAGAAAUAAAUUAGAAGUCCUACUUAUCAGGUAAUUGUGCUAAUAUUUAAUUCCUUGAUUUCUAUGAUAAUUUCGUAAAUUAGAACC